GGACGGCGUCGCUGGGUGGGCUGGGGCGGAAGUGGAGGCGGAGGGAGACGACAGGGUCCUCCGCGGAGCCUUGAGCUCUCGCGGCAAGGCACUGGUGGGCGCGAGGCAGGGGGAGGGGGAGGAGGAGGGGCCUGCGGCCCGGGCGGUGGCGGCGGCGCCUGAGUCCCCUGUAGGGCUCCGCCUCGCAGCGGGCGGCGGCGGCGGAGGAGGAGACUGAGGAGCAGGAUGGCGGCCUCGGCCCUGUAUGCCUGCACCAAGUGUACCCAGCGCUAUCCCUUCGAGGAGCUCUCCCAGGGGCAGCAGCUCUGCAAGGAAUGUCGGAUUGCUCAUCCUAUUGUAAAAUGUACUUACUGCAGAUCAGAAUUUCAACAAGAGAGCAAAACGAACACAAUUUGUAAGAAGUGUGCUCAAAAUGUGAAGCAGUUUGGCACACCCAAACCUUGUCAGUACUGUAACAUAAUUGCAGCAUUUAUUGGCACAAAGUGUCAGCGUUGCACAAAUUCAGAAAAAAAAUAUGGACCACCUCAGACUUGUGAACAGUGCAAACAGCAGUGUGCUUUUGAUCGGAAGGAAGAAGGAAGAAGAAAGGUUGAUGGAAAGUUACUGUGCUGGCUCUGUACUUUAUCCUACAAGAGAGUUUUACAGAAGACAAAGGAACAAAGGAAGAGCCUAGGAUCUUCCCAUUCAAAUUCAUCGACUUCAUCUCUUACUGAGAAAGACCAGCAUCAUUCAAAACAUCACCACCACCAUCAUCACCAUCACCAUCGUCACAGCAGUAGCCAUCACAAAAUCAGCAAUUUGAGUCCAGAACAAGAGCAGGGACUGUGGAAACAAAGCCAUAAAUCCUCUGCAGCAAUUCAGAAUGAAACUCCAAAGAAAAAGCCCAAAUUGGAAUCUAAGCCAUCUAAUGGAGAUAGCUCUAUAAAUCAGUCAGCAGAUAGUGGGGGAACAGACAAUUUUGUCCUUAUAAGUCAACUGAAAGAAGAAGUGAUGUCGCUUAAGCGUCUCUUACAGCAAAGAGACCAGACCAUUUUAGAGAAAGAUAAAAAGCUAACUGAACUAAAGGCAGACUUUCAGUACCAAGAGUCGAAUUUGAGAACAAAGAUGAACAGUAUGGAAAAAGCUCAUAAAGAAACUGUGGAACAACUACAGGCCAAAAACAGAGAACUACUCAAGCAGGUUGCAGCAUUGUCAAAGGGUAAAAAGUUUGACAAAAGUGGAAGUAUACUAACAUCUCCUUGAGAAAGUAGUUAUUCAUUUAGUGUUUCUACUUAAAAUGUAAAUUUGGAAAAGAAAAUUCUGUGAAGCCCUUAAAUUCUGUGUAGUGGAAAAAUAUUUUUGCACAUCAAAUGAAUUGGCGUGUUUCCUAUUCACUUUUGUAACUGAUAUGCAGCAUUUUUUAAGUUGUUAAAACAUUUAAAUAAAACUUCAACUGGUUUGAAGUAACUUUUUAAUUAUUUGGUAUCCAGAAACUUUUUUUGCCAGCAAUAGUAUUAAACAGUUGUAAAGGAGUGCAUGAGUAGUGCUCUUUAUAAAAAUGCAACAUGCAAUAAUAGAGUAGGUAUGGUUUUAAAAAGUCAAAACAGCAGGGUUUUUUUGUUUUUACACUAUGCUAAUUUCAGAUAAACGGUUUUCAGUUUAGAAAUAGAAAAACUUUUAGACAAGGAAGUGGUGAACACUGGCUUUUUGGUAAUUGUGUUUUUAUUUUGCAUCAACAUGAAUUUAGGAAAGAAUCAUGGUGCUUUUAUUAAGCUUCAGAGUAUAUGUAAAUAUGUUUUUAAAAAUUACAUCGUUAACAUUAGUUAGUAGCCUAGUAUUUUCAUUAUUGGCAUAGGACUUAAUGUUUAUUGUACAGUAUCAAGGUAAAAUGUGUUUUUGUUUUGUAAAAACUACUGUAGAUUUUUACUUACAAGUGCCUUUUUGCCACCUAAUGUUUUUAUUUAUAGGAAUGCUGAUCUUUUGUAUAUACAGUUUGUUUUAAAAUCAUGUUUAAUAAAUGUUUGUAUAUAAAUGCAUAUGUACAGAAGCCUAUUUCAAAAGAAAAUCAAAGUUGCUAGUAAAAUGUUUGAAGUUGCAUUAAGAACUAACUGAUAAUGCAUAUAGACUUUAGAUGAUUUUGUGGUUUAUUUCUAUGUGAUAAGGGAAGCUGUUGGUCAUUGAAUUAUGUCAAAAUAGUUCCCCAAAGAUUUAAUAUUAAAUCAUUUCUGAUAGAGUAAUUUUAUUUUUUAUGUCAUGGCUUCAUGUUCAUAUUAUGUGAGCUAAAUAUUUUACUUUUAUGAAAUUUCUUUAUAAUGUUUCUACAGUGAUCUGUAUUUCUGCUUUCCAUAUGUGUGUGGUUAUCUAAGUUAAUAUUUAUGUACACCAUACUUAAUUUGUAAAUUUUAAGCAAAUCUGGAAAAAUUAAAUAACUUUUUCAUCCAAUCUGUGAUUGCUUUGAAUAAAUUGGAAUUUACUGUAAGAUUUGGGCACUAUUUAUAAGAAAACUGUCUCAGCAUCUUCAAAGUUAUCUAUAAAAGGCUAGGGUAGGAUGGGAUAGUUUAUGUGAAGUUACUAAUUAUAUUCUGAUCCAGUGAUUUUCAGCCUGUAAUGGAAUUGAUCUUCUACUUAAUAAAUACCAGUUCAGAUGUUUAGUUCAAUUUUAAAGGAUCCAUAUAGCAUGACAUUUUUUUUCUCUUAGGAACUUACAGGCACUUAUUAAAUUUGUUGAUUUUGAAGAUGUUGUAAGCAAGCAUUGAUUAUGAAUAUCAUAUCAAAGAUUGUCUUUCCUAAGCACAUAGGAAGUUUUUAUCAAUUCUUUUAACAUGGCUUGCACUUCAGUGGGUUAUUUGUAUGUUGUUAGCUGCUGUUGAGUUGGCCCCUGACUCAUGGUAACCGUUUAUGUACAAGGGGAUCAGACCAUUGUGAUCCACAGGGUUUUCACUGGCUGAUUUUUCAUAAGUGCAUGGCCGGGCCUUUCUUCCUAGUCUGUCUUAGUCUGGAAGCCCCGCUGAAACCUGUUCAGCAUCACAGCAACAUAUAAACCUCCACUGACAGAAGAGUUAUUCCUAUAAUUAUACCAUAAAUGAUACCACUUGAUUCUUUGUCCAGUUUGGAAAUAAUCUAACCUAGAGUAAUUUUCAAGCGAUAUCAAAAGAUUGAAUCAAUCAGACUUAGAAAAAUUAAACCAGUUUAUUUUUAUAAGGUUUUUAUGUAAUAAUCUUCCUAAAUUUAGUGUUCUAAACCAUGGUAGAUAAUGCUUUCUUAACAUGAAUUUUAAUGUUUGCAGGACUUGCUAAAUUCAUAAGAUACUCCAUUACCUUUCUUUAAAAUGUAUAAUGUUUUAUAUUCUGGUUUCAUGCCAUUUGUCAAUUCACAGUGGUUAUUAUGGUUUUAAAAUAAACUGUGUAGUAGUACUUAUACCUUAAUGGAGCUGCUACAAAAGUAAGUCUCCCCCCACCCCCUUUUUUAAGUUACAAAUUAAAAAUCAGUCUAAAUAAUUAGGCUUUGUAUAUUCCAAGGCUAAAACCUUUUAGGGGCUUCACAGUAUUUAGUCCUAAUUAAAUGCCCUCUCUUUAUUCCAUGACCUUAUUUUAUAACUUAAAUUUUUUGAAAUUGUAUAAACUAGUAAUUGAGUCCAAGUCCUGGAUCUGUAGUGUAUUGACAUAAUAAGCUGAUAAUCUUUAAAUGUGGAUAUGUAAGGAGAUACUAUGGUGUGCUGUAUUGUGCUUUUUAGCCUGUUUUCAGCUAUUAAUUAGCAUUUACCAGUGAGGGUCAUUUUGGCUCAAGUUAUUUAUGAAUCAGUAGCCUGUGAAUAUUGCAGUCCUUUUUAGAUUGUAUUGGUCUAAAUAUGCAUUCUGCAGUGGACCUGUUAAGCUGUUCACAUGUAUAAACUAUUGAAAUACUGUACUUGUACACAUCUAACUGUUGACAUUUUGUACUUUUUUUCCUAAAUCUAAUAUUUCACAAUAAAAACUUGUCAAAA